CCGUGUACCGAAAUGGUUGUGUUUCUGUCAAAGAGGACGCUCCCCGCGCGCGUGUUUUGACUUAUUUUUGUCAAACGUACGCCAUAUUGUUUUAUUGUACUCGUUAAUUAUUAUUCAACGUCAUACUUUACAAUUUUCUAAUUAUAUAGCGGCCGUAAACUAGCGAAUGCCAAUCCAGUAAUUAAAAAAUAAAAAUAAUAAAAUUUAAGAGCAUUUACGAACGUGUGGUGACAUUAUGGUGUACGUGUGUGUUGGUGAACGUGUUAUGUGCUCAUUUGGAUAUUAUUAUUACCACGUUUCUUAUCUGAGGGGAAUAAUUGAUUAAUUAUCUCAAAUAUAUAAGCUUAUCGCGCGAUCGAUUCGGUAGCCAAUCGGCCAACAAAUAGAAACGUUUGAUUUCUAAACGAAUUUUAAAGUUAUCAAUCUGUGCAAAGAGGUUGGAUGCUAAAAAUAAAUCUGGUGAAAAAUAACUGUUUCGGAACAGUCAAGUGUGUUAUAAAUAGUGCAACGUUGAAUGUUAAUUUAAGAAUGCAACAGAAAACGCCAUUGUUUUAUAAAUAAAUAUGUUUGGUACAACUUUCCCAGGGAAAAUGCCAACUAGUGUUUUUGUGAAGUUAAAGUGAUUACGUGGUUCAUUUUCUUUGUCUUGGAUUAUUUCGAAUAUGGACAAACCUUCGUUCAAGCUGGUGGGCGCUCCGUGUGGCCAUCAUGGGCAGUACACCUUCUACAAGGCGCUGCGGCUGACCGGUGCCCGCGAGCGGAUCCUGGCCAUCGGCGACUUCUUCUUCGUCCGGAUAUGGCAGGACUCCGAGCUGGUCUCCAUUGGCGAGCUCCAGCUGCUCUGGACGGACCGCGUCUCCGACCAGACCCUGGUCAGUCUUCGGCUGUACUUCCUCCCGGAGAACACGCCUGAUGGGCGCAGUCAGCACGGAGAGGAUGAAGUGCUCGCCCUGAACGAGAAGGUGGUGGUCCGCGCGUCAGACCUGGUGUCCUGGUUUUGUUCGGGCGAGGGCUUCGGCUGCGGGCUGCGAGCGGUGUGGCGCGGCGCCUGCGCCCCCCCGCCGCCCGCCGCGCCCGCCUCCGACCCGCUCCACCACACCAGCCUGGACUUCAGCGACAUCGACAAGGAGAAGAGCCUUAUAGAGGAGGAUGUCAACUCCCCCGGGGUGGUGGUGUUUUCGUACCCGCGCUACUGCCGGUACCGGGCGCUGCUGGCGCGGCUGGAGGGCAUCCAGGCCGCAUGGCUGCGGGACUCCCUGGUGGCAGCGCUCGGCGGGUACGCGGCCAGCACCAACAACACCAGCAUACUCUACUGCAAGGAGACAUUCGAGUACCCCGAGCUGGAGGGCCACGAGUUCGUGUGUAACCACCUGGCGCCGCGCCUCAAGGGCCGCCCGCGAGGCCGCCGCCGCCGCGCGCUGCGCUCGCGGGACCACACGCCCUGCUCACGCUCCAGCGACAGCGAGCCCGACGCGCCCGAGCCGGAGCCCAAGGAGCACAAGAUAUCCCCGCGCCGCCUGUCCCUCCGCAACGGUGCGUCAGACAAGCAGCAGUCGUCCUCCGAGGAGGAGGCGGUCAGCAGCCCGGAGGACCGCCAGUUCCUGCAGCAGCUGCGGCAGUUCUACCGCCCGCGGCAGGAGAGCAGGGCCGUCACGCAUGCGCUCAAGCACCUGUCCCUCCGAAGUCUGUACAGCAAGGUGUCGGAGCUGGGCGGCUACGAGGCAGUGUGUCGUGGUAAACUGUGGAGGGAGGUGCACGCCGACCGUCCAGCCAGGGUGCGCAGCCUCUAUGAGAGGUUCCUACUCCAGUAUGAGAACCACGAACGUCGAAACGGUCGACUGAAACCCAACGGAAAAAUAGAGGAUGAGAAACAGGUCAUAGACACUAUAGAGGUUGGCGAGUCUCGCAGCCCGACCCCCACGGGCGAGGUGGUGACGUCGCACACUGCCGAGCAGCUCAACAGGGAGUUCCUGGAGUCGCUGCCCCAACACGACAAGCAGUCACCACUUGGCCGGACGGGUGGCUCCCUGCACCAUGACAAGCCCACCAUCACUGUCAAACACGCGGCGCAGCUCAUCGACCCCGACAAACAAAAGCAGAGCGUGAUAAAACUGUUCGAGGAGCACAGUGGGCUCGUCGAGGAGCUGUCGGCCAAAUACCUGGUGUCCAGCGCCACGGUGGUGGACCAGAUCGGGGGGACCCUCGCUGAAAAUAGUAGUCUACUGUUGAAGGAACUCCAGCAGAGAUUAGGCGAUACAGAAACGACAUUCCUGAAAGACUUAACCAAGACAGAGCCGAGCAGUGCUCUCAGCAGCCUGUCUACCCUGGGAGACAAGUAUGCCGUGAAUGGACACACGCCAAACGGCGCGCCCCCUGAUCAGCUGAAGGCGGGCCGGCCGGCGGGCCGCAGCUCGCUGCGCGCUGUGAGGGUCAAGCCAACGCGGCCUGCGCACUCCGCCGCCAACACGCCGCCAGUGGGCCCGCUGCGACCGGACUCGGCGUCCUCGUCCCCGCCUUCCCUGCCGUCCAUCACCAACUUCGGAGUCCACCACCCACCACCGCAGAAACAGAACAGCAACAGCGAUGAUGAGAUUGUUGAGGUACCGUACAAACCGAAAACGCCAGAAAUCAUCGACCUGGACGAAUAUCCCGAAAGCCCACAGUCGACCAAGAAGAAGAAACUGGACAUCCUCAAAGAACGCGGGCUCCAGGUGACAGCCCUGCCGGCCACAUGGUCCCUACCCCCCACAGGCCUAGUCCCUCACCCCCUAAACCCCGCAGUCCAACACCAAAUCAUGACCCAAGCAUCUCUAUUCCAAAUGUACAACAUCAUACCACAGAACUACGCCAACGGAAUCCAGCCCCCUAAAGUGAUCCAAGCUACUUGCACCUACGGAACUUCAGGGCCUGAAAAGACCGUCUACGGGAACCCAAAAGACCCUUUCAUGCUUCCACCGCAUAUACUCCACGGCGUCCCCAUCAAACCCCAAAAGACGGUAACGACAGAGAAGCAAGACACACCGGUUUUAAGACAAGAUGUUUUAGACCUGACCUGCAAAGCGCCAUCCCCGCCAGCGCAAAAGCCAGCAGUGGAGAUAGUCAGGAUACCACCAUCUCCAUCGCCAAAGGUCUCUCAAGCCCAGAACUUGAGUAAAAACUACACGUUGAUAGACGGAAAGGCGGUUGUGGGGUCCAAUUUGGAAAUCACCCUAGUCAACCCCAAGAGUCAAACACCACCGAAGAAUAGGCAACCUCAGAAACGGUCGUCGAACGGGAAAUUCGUCUCAACGAAAACCCCGACUCCGCCAAAAGAUUACCCCAAACCAUAUCCUUCUCCAAGCGGUGCGAAGCUGUCCCCCUCAGUCAAGAAAAGCCCCAUAAUCGUCCCCAAUUACCAGAUAAACAGGGACGAAAUCUCGCCGACCAGCUCAUCCGGCUCCAGGGAUUCCCAAACGAACAUGAUGCAGAGUAAUCUGCUGCAAAACGUAUUCAAAGGCCAGAAUAAUCUUCAGCAAAUCAUGGACUUGCAGAAGAGUCAGAGUUUGGGGCCGAGUAUGGGUCCUAUGGGGCCUAAUCUGGGGCAGAUGAUGGACAUGCAGAAGUCAGUGUCCAUGACUCCGUUUAUGGAUCCCAUGUACAUGAGUGCCCUUUACAGCAGCUUGGCCGGUCAAAUGGAUCAGAGGCAGCUAGCUAUGUACAGGGAGCUAAUGGCAACACAGUUUCGAUAUUCGGGACUUUUAGGCGGUGUUGCCACACCUACAACGAAAAAUUAAAUUACUCUAGUCUGAGACUGGGAUGCCGUUGCGAAAAAUUGAUAAAAAAAAUUAACGUUUUUUUUUUUAAAUGUAUAUUCAACGAGGGACUUAGGUUACGUUCACCAAAAAACAAUAUAGAUAGUGUUGUACACCUUUAACGUCAUAAUCGGCUAGUUUCCAACUAGUCAAAUCAGUUACUUUUUACUAAACGUCAAAACACGAAAUCACUAUGGAAUUUACGAUGACCAAAUUGGAGAUGUCCUUAGAAAAGGUUCAAUACGAUCUACUCUGAACCGGCGUGCGUGUAUAAAGCGAUUGAUGAAUGUGGAGGAAGCAAGAGAAGUGUGUCAGGAUCGAAGCAAAUGGAAUUCCAUAGUCUCUGCUUACCCCGGUGGGAAAUAGGCGUGAGUUUAUGUAUGUAUGUACUAUGGAAUUUGUUUAAAAAAGCACCUGUGACGUCAUAGAAAAACGUCAUAAAAUAAUUAAAACACAUAAUAACGGGUUCUUACCGCGUUUAAAUGGGGAUAUGAGACCCCCGAUAUUUCGACACUGUUGCAAGUGCCACGAUCACGGGAUGACUGUCAUCCCAAUUAUGAUAAUAACCGCGUAAACUUAAAACAAUGCAAAUCAUAAAAUGUCGGACUUAACGGUGCUAAUUCCUGUAAAUACCAUCUAAUUUUAUUUUAAGUUAUAUCUGUCAUUUUCUUAUCCGCCGAAAAGGAAAGGGACGGGUAAUCGACAAGCAUAAAAUUUAUGGAACACACGUCAAUUUUAAGCACAAAUCUAAACCAACCGUCUAAAAAUUUUACAUCCGUCAAUAACCCGACACAGUUAAGUAGACAGCACGUCAAACGGAUUGCAUACCAGCGACGUACCUUUUGAUUCGCCCGGGUUAUUCAUUCAUUUACUCAUUCUUCCUAAAAUUAAGAGCUGUGAAUCAUCCGUCCCUUUCCUUUUCGACGGAUAUAACUUUAAAUAAAAUUAGGCGGUGUCUGCAGGAAUCGGGGCCAUUAUCACGUUUUUCUCGUUUAAAAUUCAUAAAUAGAAUAAAUAGAAAAAAGAAAAAUGUUUUUCGUUAGUUUCAGAUCUGUCUUUAUUUAGUAAUCAGAUUUUAACCCCCCUGCCGACACUAUACACUUUUAAACAAAGUGAACAAGAGGAAAUAUUUUUUUAUCACUAAAAAUCGUAAUUGUUCGUGGAGAAUUUCAUAAUUUAUCUUGAACCUCACGACCCAAUUACCUAUUUUCUCAUUACUCCGGUAAAUAAUUAUUCCAAAAUACAAUGUAAAUGGCAGAAGCAUAUAUAAAAAUAAUUGUUGUUUGAUAUUUGGAUCAAAUCAAAUCAAAUAUACUUUAUUGCACAGAACUAAAAUUUCAACAAUCAGACAUAACACAUGAAUACAGUACAAUCACACACACACACACACACACUCACACACAUCACACACACUCACACACACAUCACACACACCACACACACAUCACACACACACACCACAUCACAUUAUAUAGAAUUAUGUUGCUACCUAUAUUGCUUCUCUUUAUUUUGAUCAGAAUAAUAAUGGGUGGAAGUUGUAAUUGUACCUUGGUGUAAUAAAAAGGGUCAUCAUUUAUACCCAAAAACAAAGAUGCAUAUGUCUGUUAUCCGUGAAGGUUACAUCAUACAUACAUAAACAGCCUAUAUACGUCCCACUGCUGGGCACCGGCCUCCCCUCAAUCAACCGGAGGGGGUAUGGAGCAUACUCCACCACGCUGCUCCAAUACGGGUUGGUGGAGGUGUUUUUACGGAUAAUAGCCGGGACCAACGGCCUAACGUGCCCUCCGAAGCACGAUGAUGAUGAAUUAAGAUGAUUCCGUAAUCAUCUUACUUUUUCGGACAAUCAGGUGAUUCAAGCCUGAAAAGUCCUUUACCAAAAUAUUUGAAAGAAUUAAUCGACCAUAGUGGGUCGAUAGCAAAAAGCGCUGAUUGAGGGGAAUCGUCGACCACGCCGGCGGGGUUGGUGUCGGGGGAAGGGCCACGUUCGAUUCCCGAAAGGAAUAGUGGAAUUCACUUGGUGUAGUUCUUUGUUUGACAAGGACAUUGCUCCUUAUUACAAAUUGGACUCACAAAGUGAUUUCGACAAUGUCCCCAUCGGGAAUCGAACCCGGACCUCCAGAUCGUGAGCCUAACGCUCUAACCACUAGACCACGAAGGCUGUGUGUUAGAAAACAUGAUAAAUUAAAGAAAAUAUUUUUUGUAAUAAAAUCUAUUUUUAUUAAUAAUAAAAUAAAUAAUUUUAUCGAUUAGUUUAAAGCCAAUCACUAAAUGUAUUUUUCCAGAUAAAAAUGUAAUGUGUUAGUCACUCACAAUUAUACAUAAACAACAGAGAUUGGUUAGGUAAUAUGGAAUAUCUUUUGAAUAUUUAUUUAUCGUAACGUAGGUUGAGCCGUGGUCGCCCAGUUGGUUGAACACUUUAAUAGUAAGGACUCAAUAGUAACCACGUGUGCUCGAUGGACGCGACACUCAUGACCACACCUGGUUUGACACACUGGCGAGCAGGAGAAUGAAACGCCAUCAAACCGACAACAAUCCACCAGUUGGAGACUUCUCCUGCAGAGUGUGCGGUAGAGUUUGCCGCUCUAGGAUUGGCUUGCACAGCCAUGAAAGAAAGUGCAUUUCUUCGAGGCAAUGACGUCAUAAAUCGUCUGAAACAGACGUAUAAGGCCAAUGAAUAGUAACCACUAGACCACGGAGGUUGUUCAUGAAUGAAGGUUAAACGAAGGGAAAUCUGUACAGCGCCAUCUAUAUUGUUUUUGACGAAUGUAGCCUGGAAAGUUUCUCAUUGCGGUGUUCUAAGUUCCAAAGAUGGGAAAUUUUUUUAACAUAAAUUUUUCGUAAUUUUUUUAUUGAUUUUGACUUCGCAACUGAUAUCUCAGUGACCACGGAUUUUGAACAUUUAUGCGUUAUAUAGACUCACGCAUCACGCCCGUGAUAGUCAUGGGGUGGGCAGAGCCACAAGUAAUCAAAGACAACUUACAAUGUCAGUCCUAAACUUGGAAAUUGCUAACCUAAAACGUAUAAAUAUUCAAAAUUCCAAUAAAAUGUAUUAUGUGAUAUGGCAAGGUUUCCGCUGGUAUAGAAGAAAUGUACAUUUAAUAUUCAUGAAAAUUCGUAUAAUAUUAAUUCGUAAUUCGAACAUUCGGAUAUUUGCGAAUUAUUCGAAUAUUAAUUCCAAUUGUGAAUACCAUUAGCUGAUCUCGGAUUUAAUUUGUAAAUUUUUAUUAUUUUGACUUUAGGAUUGGUUGGAGACAGCGGAGAGGGGAAUAUAUAUGUGUAUACUUGUCUCACUCGCACACAGAGCAAAAGUGACUACACUGAACCCAGCUCGAAGGACGCAAUAUACGAUCCCGACGACCCGAUUACCCUACCCAUAGAGGCAGCCAAUCAGCUCGCGACACCAAACCCUUCAGGACCCCGAUACCCACCCCGCCGGCUUGGUCGACGAUUUCAGCCAGCGCUUAUCGCUAUCGACCCACUAGGGUCGAUCAAUUCUUUCAAAUAUUUUUCCUCUCAGACGACGCCCUGAGCCGAGAUUCGCGCCCAACUGGGCACCCUCAGGCCUGUUGUCUUAAACGUUGUACCGGGUGAGAGCCUUCAGCGAUGGUUAAUGUCAUCUGCGGCAAAUCUACAAUAAGUCACGAACUGAGCCCAGCGAAUUAGAAACCCUCCGAAGGAUCAUCUCACUUUGGUCUUCAAUUACCAACCUCAUCAACCCUGGUGUCAGGGUGACUUGAGCCGCCAAAGGCCCCUGACAUGGCUCAUGUAACGACUACAUACAUCAGUAAUUAGUAACCGGGACCAAAGGCUUAACGUGCCUUGCGAAGCUCGGAUCGACUUUGAGUGAGUGAAAGAGACGAAUAUAUUCCCCUCGCCGCGUCGUUCUCAAAUUUGAUUAUAGGAACGAAAUUGAGGGGAACAAGUUAUGAUUCGUUCGAAAUGUUGAUUUUUUUUUAACUGUAUAUAGUAGAAAAUUAAAUUGUCUAUACUCCUUACAGCUUAGUAUGAUUAGAAUGAUAGUAGAGGGGUUAAAAUGGCCACAUCGAAGCAAUUCACCCAAGAAAGCAAUAUUGCAAUUUGACAUUCGCGCAUAUAAAAGUAAGUGCGCAAUGCAAACAAAUGUCAAAUAGCAAUAUUGCUUUCUUAGAUUAAUUGCUUCGAUGUGGCCAUUUUAACCCCCCAGGACAGAUGCGAAAGGGAUAUCUAUAUAAAGAGAUAUCUCUAUAUGUGUGUCGUAGAUUUUACCUCAUCAUCAUCAGCCAAUUAACGUCCCCACUGCUGGGGCACGGGCCUUCCCUAUGGAUGGAUAGGGAGAUCGGGCCUUAUACCAUCACGCGGGGUUUACCUAAAUAAACCUUUUUGUUAUUUUCAUUAUUUAUAUGUCGUUUCCAUAUCUCGGGGCCUAUGGAGUCCCGGACUUUUGGAAGGCGUGCGUGGGGCCGAAGCCAACACGUAGAGGCCACCAUAUUAUAAUUGGCCCCGAUUCCCGCAGACACCUCCUAAUUUUACCUUAAGUUAUACCUGUCAUUUUCUUAUCCACCGAAAAGGAAAGGGACGGAUGAUUCACAGCUCUUAAUUUUAGGAAGAAUGAGUAAAUGAAUGAAUAACCCGGGCGAAUCAAAAAGGUAUCUCGCUGGUAUGUAAUCCGUUUGACGUGUUGUCUACUUAACUCUGUCGGGUUAUUGGCCGAUGUGAAAUUUUUAGACGGUUGUUUUAGAGUUCUGCUUAAAAUUGACGUGUGUUACAUAAAUUUUAUGCCUGUCGAUUACCCGUCCCUUUCUUUUUUAACGGAUGAGAAAAUGACGGGUGUAACUUAUACAUUGUUUUAAGUUUACACGGUUAUUAUCAUAAUUAAAGCACAUAAUAACGGGUUCAAAUAAUAAUAAUAUCGGGAGUCUCAUAUCCCCAUUUAAACGCGGUAAGAACCCGUUAAUGGUGCUAAUUCCUGUAAAUACCAUCUAAUUUUAUUUUAAGUUAUAUAUGUCAUUUUCUUAUCCGCCGAAAAGGAAAGGGACGGGUAAUCGACAGGCAUAAAAUUUAUGGAGCACAAGUCAAUUUUAAGCACAAAUCUAAACCAACCGUCUAAAAAUUUUACAUCCGUCAAUAACCCGACACAGUUAAGUAGACAGCACGUCAAACGGAUUGCAUACCAGCGACGUAUCUUUCGAUUCGCCCGGGUUAUUCAUUCAUUUACUCAUUCUUCCUAAAAUUAAGAGCUGUGAAUCAUCCGUCCCUUUCCUUUUCGACGGAUAUGAAAAUGACGGAUAUAACUUAAAAUAAAAUUAGGCGGUGUCUGCAGAAAUCGGGGCCAUUAUAUAUCUUUCCUACUAAGUUGUAUACCGUUAGUGCGUAAGAGACAGAUAUAUAUCUCUCGUCUUUUUCGCGCUAAGCGAUGUAGUAUAUCUCUGUCCAGCUGUUAUUCUAAACAUGGUACGCUUUAGGGAGUAUAAAAUUGUUUUAAUAUGCGUGGUUGGUUUUGACUUCGCCUUAGGUAGAGGGAGUUUUGAUGGCCAAAAGAUACAUUUUAGCAUUUGACAAGACUCCACCAACCCUCAGUGGAGCAGCGUGGUGGAGUAUGCUCCAUACCCCCUCCGGUUGAUUGAGGGGAGGCCUGUGCCCAGCAGUGGGACGUAUAUAUUAAUAAAACGUAAUUUUCAGCUCAACGAGUUCUGUUUUUUAUUCGCCUCCAGAACAUAUUCCCACUUUGGUGAUGUUUCCAAACUAGGCAGUAAAAAAUAAUAUAACACACAUUGUUUUAAGUUUACGCGGUUAUUAUCAUAAUUAAAACACAUAAUAACGGGUUCUUACCCACUGAGUUUGGUGCGAGUUCAGAUGGUUCCGAACAUUCCGAUAUCAAAAACAUAAACAAGCGGCAAAGAAAGAGGGUAGACAGAUAUGUCUGCCCGUAGAAAAUUAUGGAUCUACCUACUCCACUCCAAUCUCAUCAGUCAUCCCGUGAUCAUGGCACUUGCAACAGUGUCGAAAUAUCGGGAGUCUCAUAUCCCUAUUUCAAACGCGGUAAGAACCCGUUAUUAUGUGUUUUAAUUAAUAUAACACACAUAAAUAACCUAUAUACGUCCCACUGGGUACAGGCCUCCCCUCAAUCAACCGGAGGGGAUAUGGAGCAUCCACCACGCUGCUCCACUGCGGGUUGGUGGAGAAGGAAAGUUAACUACGAAAGCACAAAAAAAAGAAGAAAAAGUUUUUACAACGGGAAUAUUCCUCGGAAAGGUACAUUUGUUGACGACAUUAUCCUGCAUCGUCCUAUUGAAUUUAUAAAUACAAUGAUUUUGACUUUUGAGGUAGGCAUUUUAUAUGGAACUUGUACGGUAGGGUUACGGGAAGGAAUUCGCGCGAAAUAGUGUGACGAUGGAAAUUUUAUUAAUUCUAGAACUGACUAGGCGAAGCCAGAACUGAUUGUAAUAAUUUAUAAUGACACUUGAAUGUAAAAACAUCAGCUUAUCUUCAUACAAAAAUGUUAAAAAAAAAACACAACAUCUCGCGCCUGCAUCCCGACGGGUAGGCAGAGGUGAAUAGACAAUUGUACGGUCACGAGCAUUAAUAUGUAUACACUUUGGUAUAAAGCGAAAGUUGAUGGUAGGGCUGGCAGAGGAAGACCGAGAAGGACUUACGAUGACCAAAUUGGAGAUGUCCUUAGAAAAGGUUCAAUACGAUCUACUCUGAACCGGCGUGCGUGUAUGAAGCGAUUGAUGAAUGUGGAGGAAGCAAGAGAAGUGUGUCAGGAUCGAAGCAAAUGGAAUUCUAUAGUCUCUGCUUACCCCGGUGGGAAAUAGGCGUGAGUUUAUGUAUGUAUGUUUGGUACUAUGUCACAUUAACUUUUUUGACAAAUUGAACUGUAAGUCUCACUAAAUGUCAAAUAUGUUAGUGCGACAGAGUCCUAAAGUGGGUACAUUAUAUUGCUCAUGACUACUCAUCCACUCCUUGCCAGCUAUGUUCCUGGAAACCACGGGGUAUCAAUUAUCUACGAUCAAAACGUGAAUUCAAACUUACCCCAUGAAAAGUAGGUAUGGCAAAAAUGGGGUGACAAAGUUUGUAUGGAAAUUCUACCAGUUUUAAUAGUGGGGUAACGAAAUCGCGAGUUACAACUAGUUUCAAUAUAUUUUUGUAUGAAUUCAAGCUAAUGUGUAUAAUUCCUAAAGGGGUUACGUGUCUUAGAAGUAAGGCUCAGAAGGGCAAAGAUGAAAAAAAAAACAUUUAUUUUUUAUUUUAUUCACUAGUUUGUUUCUCAAACGAGGAGCGUUGGUUUGAACCCUGGUAACGGACUUGCACCAAUGAGUUAUUAUGUGCCUCAGUUCAUGAGCCAUGUCAGGGGCCUUUGGCGGCUCAAUAGUAACCCUGACACCAGGGUUGAUGAGGCUGGUACUCCACCUCACAACCCACACGAAAAAAGAUCUUAAGUGCAGUUUUCACUAAUACAAUUGGCUGCAUUACAGACGGCGAUACGGCUCACCUAUCACGUUGGUCUAGCAAAGCUCGGUGAGGUGUGGUUACUUAGUUCAUCUUGCGAUGGAUUCCCUAACUACCCCUAUUGGGAUAUUCAAAUUAGGGCUUCAUAGUCAUUAGGGUGAAUAUCAAAAUUUCAAGUUUGGUGUCGAAAUUUCAUAUUAUUUUUUCGUGAAAAAUUGGCUUCCGACAUGAAAAAGAUACAAAAGGAUCCUGUUGAAUGAAUUUUUCACGAAAAAAAUAUAGGAAAGUUCGCCACCAAACUUGGCACAUUUUGAUCACCAGAUUGUCCAAAAGCAAGAUGAUCCGUGCUUCGGAAGGCACGUUAAGCCGUUGGUCCCGGUUACUACUUACUGAUGUAAGUAAGUAGUCGUUAUGAGCCAUGUCAGGGGCCUUUGGCGGAUCAAUAGUAACCCUGACACCAGGGUUGAUGAGGUUGGUACUCCACCUCACAACCCACACGGUAGAAGAAGAACCGGGCACUUAUCCUGGAAACCGCGUGAUAUCUAUUAUAGAAUUCAGUGGUUUAGAGCCUAAGCUAGGAUUCGAACUGUCACGCGCACCAAACUUCUAAUAUGAAUUAUAUUUAUUGAUUGCUAGUUUUUUUUAUAAUUUAAAUAAAAUUUCAAUUUGCCAUACAACUUUCGCCUGUACCCUUACAGCUAAGACACACCCGUCGCCGUUAGCGUAAGCCUAGUUGUAGUAGUCGAUGUUUUAAUUUAGUUUUAUAUUUGGAUCUGUAUAUAUUAUACUUGCGUUGUAAGAUACCGAUUGCCGUACAAAUAAAUAUUUGAAAAUUUGA